AUGGGGAAACAGAAAUCGAAUAAAGAAUUGGAAGAGGAAGUAAAUAAUUCAAGACCAACUCAUAAAAAGAAGCAUAAACAUAAGCAUAAGAAACAUAAAAGAAAGAAAGAACAUGGCUCAAUGGAAGAGUCGUCUGAAAGUAAAGGUAGAGAAGUCAAAUUAAAGAUUAAACUUGGUGGCCAAACAUUAGCUACGACCCACGCACAUGCAUUUACUGUCAUAAACGACUAUCAUGAGAGGGUUAGAGAGUUUAUGGUAUCUGAAGAAGAGGAAGAUAUAGAGGUCUACAGUGCUAAUAGCGAAAGACACGAAGAUGAACAUUAUGCAUCUGCAGAUGAAAAAUCCCAAGAAGUCAAUGUAGAAAAUGGAGACAGUGAGGACGAAUGGCUUGCUGCUCUGGAAAGCGGAGACUUAGAUGAAAAUGGAAGAGUCAGAACUGCAAGGAAGAAAUCCAUGAUGACUGCAAGACAACGAGCGAUGAUGGGAGAAGUAGAAUAUGUAGAACCUUUACUAGAACUACCUAUGGGACGCAAGCAAAGCAAAGAGGUAACGGAAGAAAUGUUACAACGGAAGCAACAGCGAGCGACAAAGAGAAAGUUACAAAUUGCAAAAAAAAUUGAACAGAAUAAAGCCCAAACUAUUGAUAAAUUAUUGUACAAACAAGCUAGUCGUUCUCGAAAAGAUGCAGCUAAGAAGUCUAUGGGAAGUAAAGAUAUUCCAAGAAUCCGUUAUACAAAUCGUGUAAAUUUUUUUAGCUUAUCCUUUCCUGAAAACAUAGAAUUCCCUAUGAUCGCUCAGACCAUAAAAAUCCCGAAAGAACGAGAAUUAUGUACAGUAGACGGUUGUAAGAAUUUUCGCCGGUAUGCUGAUUCUAAAUUAAAUUUACCAUUAUGCAGUUUUGAGUGUUACAAAAAGCUCAAUAACUCCAAAAUUGAAGAGAUGAAGGUUGCUAAUUGA